AUGUCAACUUCUAUUGCCACGGCUAGGACAGAAUUGCUGAAUCCGAUAGGCAAUUGGUUAGAUGUACCUGGAAGAAGAGGAAGAUGGAAAAUAAUAAAUAGAAGGAAUUUUUCUGUUAACAGAAUUGUUGCUACUGGUUCUUCGAUUAUGACCCCAUGUGUAGCUGCUGAAUCUUCUCAAGGCUUGCAGCGAUUACCAUUUAAACCAGAGGGAUACAACUAUUGGACCUGGCGAGGCUACAUAAUGCAUUAUGUGGAGCAAGGCGAAGGGUUUCCAGUUGUUCUGAUUCACGGAUUUGCUUCUUCUUCUUUUCAUUGGAGGUAUAACUUACCAGAACUGGCUAAAAGAUACAAGGUUUAUGCUCUCGAUUUGCUCGGAUUUGGCUGGAGUGAAAAGGCAAAAAUAGACUAUGAUGCCUUGAUUUGGAGAGAUCAGGUUGUUGACUUCUUAAAGGAGGUCGUUAAACAGUCCGCUGUUUUAGUUGGGAACAGUCUUGGAGGAUUUACUGCCUUGUUAGCAGCAGCACCACAGCCAGAAACAAAUUUAUAA